CAUCUCUCUACUUUCCCUAUCCAUUCAUCUUCGCCACUGAUACUCUUACUCUUCACAACGCGCCUCAGCGCCUCAGCGCGCAACCACUGGCCCACCAUGGCCACGCUCCAAGUACGACCGGCCUUCUACUCAGCCACGAAGCGGAAGGCCCUGGAAGAUGCCGUGAGGAUGCAAGAAACGGUGGACCAGCAGUUGUCCGACACUGGACAGGAGCCCCCUCCUUACCGGCUUGACGAGUUAAUCGGCAAAGGGAGCUUUGGGCGAGUGUACAAGGCUGUCGCUCUCAAGACGAACAUGCAAGUCGCCGUCAAGAUCAUCAACAUCGAACAGAACGACACGGCCGACCCCAAACUCGCCGACACUUUCCGUGAGUUCUUGGCCGAGGUCAAUGCCCUCAAGCUUUUGAACGAGAGCGGUGCGAAGAACAUCAACCACGUCAUCGACGCCCUGCCCGUCGGCCAGUCCAUGUGGAUGAUCACCGAGUACUGCGCUGGCGGCAGUGUGGCCACUCUGAUGAGGCCCACCGCCCCGGGCGGUCUCCAGGAGAAGUGGAUCAUCCCCAUCUUGCGCGAGGUCGCCGAAGCUAUCUACUGGGUCCAUCGGCAAGGCAUUAUUCACCGCGAUAUCAAGUGCGCGAACGUGUUGGUCACCGAGUCUGGCGGCGUCCAGCUUUGCGACUUUGGCGUGGCUGGCAUCAUCGAGACGCAGUUCGACAAGCGGACUACAUUCAUUGGCACCCCUCACUGGAUGGCGCCGGAACUGUUUGACCAGGACAAGUCCUACGGGACCGAGGUGGAUAUCUGGGCCUUGGGAUCUCUUGUCUACGAAAUUGCCUCCGGCCUGCCCCCCUAUGCCAUGGCUGGCCUCGACAUCUACCAACUGGGGAACCAGCUCAAGGCCAACGCCCCUCGUCUAUACGGAGACCAGUAUUCGGAUCAGCUGAAAAGCUUGGUGGCGUACUGCUUGGAGGAAGACCCCCGACAGCGCCCGACCAUCGAGCAAGUCCAGGCCCAUCCUUACAUCCACAACACGUCCCAGCAAUACCCGACGUCGUCUCUCUCCAUGCUGGUGAAGGGCUACAAGAUGUGGGAGUCGCAGGGUAACAAUCGCACCUCUUUGUUUGCACCAGGCGGUGCCCAGGGUCCUUCUGAUGUCUCCGAUUUCGCCUCGACCGCUUUGGCGAAGGACGAGUGGAAUUUCAGUACGACACUGGCCUUCGACGAAGAAGUCCUUCAGGAACCCGAUGCCCAGGCUGUCUUCGAUGUCUAUGGUUCCAACGUCGACUUUGAUCCUUCCGAGAUACAACGCCAGUCCAAGCCAAAGUCCAGGCGGAGGCCGCCGCCUCAGCAGCUGGCUGCCAUGAAAGCACCAUUAGAAAAGGUCUUUGACCCGAACACCAUCUCGAAUUACGAGGAUAACUCCCGCGCCUACUACGGGAACCCCAUUCCUCCGCCCGCCUCCGACUUGCCGCUGAGGGAUGAGUCCUCUCAGUCGGCCACCGUCAGGGAGUCUCUUAUCGACCUGGAUGCCUCGCUUCAUGGAGCUGAACUAUCCAGUUUUGUGGACAUGAGUACCAUUCGAGCCGGAGAACCGAGAACAUCUGUCGACGACUACAACUCGGACGGUCACGAAUACAACAAGCCACCCCUUAGUGACCCGGCAGACAUGAACCCGAACCGGAGGACCCAGGAUUGGAAGUUCCCUUCUAUGGCGCCGCCGGCAUCCGCCAACCCCGAGGUGUUCAGAUUUCCGUUCAACGACGACGGUUCGGGGCCGAGUUUGUCCGCACACCAUUUUGAUGAGCCGAGCUACGGUGCUGGUGAUGGUUUUGACACUCUCGGGGCCCCCAAUCUUACCACCACCACCACCACCACCACCACCACCAACAACAACAACAACCGGGAAUCUAUGAGCAGUCUCAUCGACUUGGACAUGGGUCUGGUUGACCUGCCGUCGGAGUACACCCGGCCUUCGACGUCACACUCGGAAGCCGGGUCGCUCACCGGCUCCGAAAUGGGAUUCCCGAACCCUUUCGACCUCGAGAAGCACGCUUCCAUCUACCUCCCUUCAACGAACCGAGAACCCUCCAUCUACGUAUCAGACGAGUUCGCCUCCCCCUUCACCAACACCCACCAAUUCACCGACAGCAUUUCCGGCCUCGCCAUCUCCAACACACCCCACCUCGGCUCGUCGUCAGCAUCAUCACUGCUGCCGCACCAGCUGCACCGGAACCAUAGUCUCAGCGGCAGCAGCGUCGGCGGCGGCGGCGGCAGCAACAGCAGCAACAGCAUGAGCGACUCACAGCGCGGCAACCACCCCUUCGACGCAAUGGACACCCCGACCUCCGACUACCCGGACGAAAGCGAGUACCUGACGCCGCAGACCACGAGCGCCCCGCGGUUCGACGACGACGCCGCCACGCCGCAGCCGCAGCCGCAGCCGCAGCAGGCCGAGAAGAGGAGACCACGACUCAGGACCCCGCUGGGCGGGCUGGAGAUGCCGCUGCCGCCCCUCCCGCCCUCGCUCGAGGUCAUGCAGGGCCAGGCGGAUAGCGCGGCGGUGAAGGAGGAGAUUCGGCGCCUGACCAUGAGCAUGGGGGAGCAUCUCACGUGCAUCAACCAGUUUCUCUCUUCGUUGUCUGCGCCUCCUGCGCGGAAUAAUGGUUUGGAGGAAGCGUCGUACCGGUGAGGGGCUUGGAUUCGCAAGAUAUCAAAAGUCGCCGGCUCAUCUGUGUAUACUUUGUUCUUCGCCCCUUUCCUUGCAUUUUGGGCGUUUCCUUCUUUUCUUUUUAUGUAAUGAGCGCGCAAGGAUCAAGAUUCGGCAAGGAAUCGGGAGUCAAACUAGUAAUGUCCGGGCACAACAGGAGUUAGGAUAGCAAUGGCGGGGAAAGAGCUUCGGCACCACGCAUUAGAGAGGCAUCCUUCUGCCCAUGCCCUCAUUUUUUUAUUUUGUUUUUUAUUUCGAGGGAAAAUGAAAUAAACUGCAGACUGCCUAAAUCCCCCCCCC